GUUUGACAAGAAUGUGGGCGUUACAAGUGAUCUGUUUUGUAACUGUUGUAGUAACUACAUGGGCAGCUACACCAUGCUGUACCGAUCGUGAAUAUGAAGCAGAUAUUGGUGUUAUUGGAAGUACUUUCCGAAAACAUAAUUUCAAUGAUUUACAGGGUUAUAGUUCUAUGUCUUAUGAUAGUCAUGGUAAAAUGGUUGUAUUGUCGACCCAUGUUGUUGUAAAUGGAACCAUGCACUAUAGUAAAGUAGUGUUCGACUACAAUGCAGGUUACAGGUCUAUGGCUUUUGAUAGCCAUGGUAAAAUGGAGGUAUUUUCGACCCAUGCUGUUGUGAAUGGAACCAUGCACUAUAGUAAAUUAAUAUUAGACUACGAUGCAAAAAGAGAAUAUGCUGUAAUUGAAAAUCACUGUACAGUUUAUGAACUUGAUAUUCCUAUGAGAGGACCAUGUAUACCAGACAAUGCAACAUUUUUACGAGAAGCUAUUUAUGGAUAUGGUAGUAAUACUUUGUAUGCUAAUACUUGGGAAUAUAUUGAUCCUAAUAGUGGAGCUAAAACAACUACAUCAGUAACUAGAGAUACCUGUAUACCAUUGGUUGUUACGCAAUACAAGCGAAAAGGAGCUUUCACACCUGCUUUAUCAGCAACACCAUGUUGUAUUGAUAGAGAAUUCGAAGCUGAUUUAGGUGUAAUUGGUAGCAAUUAUGGUGGCCGACAUUUUAAUGCGUUCGAGGGAGUAUCGAGUAUUUCAACAGAUACACACGCUAAAAUGACAAGUGUUGAUACGCAUGUCUUAGUCAAUGGUAGUAUAUUUCAUACCAAAAUCGUACUAGAUUAUAUAAACCAUAGAGAAUAUUUGGUAGUAAAUGGAGACUGCAACGUUUAUGAAUUGCACGUACCAGCACGUGAUCCUUGCAUUCCAGAUAAUGCAACACAUUUAAGAGAGACUAUAUAUGGAUAUGGUACCAAUACAUUAUAUGCUGAUGUGUGGGAAUAUACUAAUCCAUAUACAGGCGGUCAAACCAGGUUAUCAGUAACUAAAGAAUGUGUCCCACUAGUAGCUACCAGAUAUAAUGCUCAUUCACCAGUUGCAGGAGGCCAGCCUCAAGAUCUUGUUUUGAUAUACAGUAACUUCAGAGUUGGUAUUAAAAGUAGACAUGUAUUUAAUAUACCUAAGCAGUGCGCCAAUAAACCUGUUAAGGGAGUAUCGAGUAUUUCAACAGAUACACACGCUAAAAUGACAAGUGUUGAUACGCAUAUCUUAGUCAAUGGUAGUAUAUUUCAUACCAAAAUCGUACUAGAUUAUAUAAACCGAACCAAUGACAAUUUAUUUAACAAACGUUUAUUUGUGGCAAUCGGAGCUAAACCUUGA